UGUGUUGUUGCCUGUCCCGAAGUCUGUCUUGGAGGAUGGUCACCUGAAGUCCUGAGGCCGAAUGUCCCGGACCACUAAAGUGUUCCCCAACUGGGAGGGAACACCCCUGUCAGUCGAUUGUGCUUGACAAUCUGCUGUACAUCAGUGCUGAGCUACUACAUUUUCAGUGAGCCAUGAAAAAACGUGGCGAGUUGCUGACGCUAAUCUUGCUGCUCAAUGUGGCUGGGAUCACAGGCUCAGUCCCCGAUCAACUGUCCGGUUGGACAUCCUGUCGAAUUCUUUCCAGGAACCUCACUUCCAAGGCUUUUAACUACAUGCAUGGAUGGGAGCAUUGCCCGAGAUAUUUUAAAUUGAAUGACAGUGAGGACAUCCCACGUAUCGAAGUCAGCGAUAACUGUGACCCCAUCACACUCAGGACAGUUCCAGAGACGUGCCUUAAGAAAAUUAAAGAAGGCCUAUCAUAUUACCGCAAUCAGUUCAGCCAACUUGGAAACGUGGAAGAGUCAAUACACAACAGCGACAUGCGGAAAUUUGCGCAUAAUCUUUCUAAAAUCAUCUUGGAUCUCCUCAAGUCAAUCAAGAACUCGGACAGCAGCGCAGAUGACAGGACCAUAGACAGAGUGGCUGCGGAUAAUAGGCCUGUCAAGAUACACAAGAUCAGAGAUUGGGAGCUGAACUGUACAUUGUUUAGAACACUUGAGAGAUUUCAGUCCUUCUCAUCUCUGGUGGCUCGUGUCUUUGGACAUCCUUCAGGAAACCCUUCGGAACAUCAGAACACUGGGGAUUGUGGGGUGUAGUUCAGAGAGUUGAUGGACAUUCCAGAAAAUUGUUAUUAUCUUUUGAAGAUAAUUCCAGAGCUUAAUGUUUUUGAGAGGUGGAAGUUUUAUGAAAAAGUGGUUUGAGGCUUGGCUGAACAAAAUGAAGUGGUGUUACACCAAUGCUAGUGACUAUCAUAAUAGCUGAAGGAUUUUAGAUUUCUAAAUCAAAAGGGAUUUCUACGGGUUGUUCUGGAAUAGUUCAGCUUCAUCACCUUGUCAAAAAAAUGUUUUUGUCCUCACUGUUUUCUAACUUAUUAGUUUAAUUUUGGAAGAUAAUUAAUUAAAGGGUUUUAAAAAU